GGAGGAAAGUAGAUCUGGCAUGUAUGUCCACUACCUCGGCUACUUUUAAACACAAAUAGUUUCACCGCUUUCUAAUCCAUUUCCUCUCAUUUUAGACACGAACGAUUUAGUAUGACUGAAUAACACUCACCGGAGGACAAAAUGGUGGUUGUUUACGACAUUUUCAUGGCGGACUAGGUUUUGAAGCGGAGGGAUUUUCUCAGACCGUGGUUCGCCAUUUCCAUAUGUGGCAUGCAGUGUAUGUUUCUGGAGGGGGUGGCUUUGAUUGAUGGACUGUAGGCGGAAACAUCACUUCGUAAACUUUGCACAGUUGUUGUGAGUCAAUUUAUGUAUCUUACUGAUAGGAUUGUUGAUUGUAACGUGUGUUGUUUGAACAUACGUGUCUGUGGUCGAGAUAACUACUCCCAUGACUGGCUGGCGGACUACAGUCGUUUUCAACUCAGUUGUCAAAAGAAGAACGGUGAAUGCUAAGUUAUCCAUCUUUACCUGUGUGAAAAGAAGACUUUAAAUUGCCAGCCACAGUCCCCCUAGAAGAUUAAAUAAUCUGCCAUCAGGCCUUGGUCACCAGGAUAGAUUUAUUUACAAAGCUCAGCUGGUCUAACUAGUGAACAGCGACAACGUUGGCUGCAGUUAGCUCCUCGUUCGGAAGGACGGACGUGCCGGGGGGGACGUGCCAUUGAUGUUUGCGGGAAACGGCGCAGGUAUGGGAACUCGAGGGGGUGUGCGCGCUGGUAAUGGGGCUGGAUUAACAACGCUACAGGUUGGCAACACAUCCGGAGGUCUCGGUGGUGGUAUGAGCACGGGCAUCGCCAUGCCAGACGGCGGCAGAUACGACGAAAGGGAGCCCGCCGAGGUGGUCGUCAGUUGCUCCGACGCGGAGUCGGAUUCGGGGGAUGACGAGGACAUAGGUUCAACCGGGGACAGGAGAGGGGUGAAACGCGAGAGAGCGGAGAUGGAGGUCGGUGUUUCGGCGGGAGCGGCGGGCUUGGCGCCCUGUGGGUACGGUGCUUCGGCAGGUGGUGGCGCGGCCGGAGCGAAGCCAGGCAAGAAGACUCGCGGGCGAGUUAAAAUCAAAAUGGAAUUUAUCGACAACAAGCUGAGGCGGUACACAACUUUCAGCAAACGGAAGACAGGGAUCAUGAAAAAGGCCUAUGAGCUGUCCACUCUGACGGGCACGCAGGUGCUGCUGCUGGUGGCCAGCGAGACGGGCCACGUCUACACGUUCGCCACGCGCAAGCUGCAGCCCAUGAUCACCAGCGAGACGGGCAAGGCCCUGAUCCAGACCUGCCUGAACUCGCCCGACUCGCCCGCACCACGCGCCUCCAGCGACCCCAGCAGCGAGCAGCGCAUGAGCGCCACGGGCUUCGAGGAGACCGAGCUCAGCUACCAGGUGGCUGAGGGGGGAGAGGACGGCAAGCGCAGCCCCCAGCAGCACCUCCACCCCUCCCUCCUCCUCCUCCUCCUCUUCCUCCCUCCUCCUCCACCUCUCCCCUCCUCCACCUCGGCCAUCACCUCCUCCUCCUCUACUGCCCCCUGCUGGUCAGUAGGAGCUAACGGCACCGUGCUGAAGAGCACCGGCACGCCGGCACCAGGCAACGCAACGUCUGCUGGAGUGGUGCUGCCGCCAGGGUUCACCAUCAUGUCUGGCUCCGCUCUCCCUCCUGGCACACACACCAUUCCGCUCAGCCAGCUGCAGACACACGCUCUGACCAUCCAGACUUCCGCCGCUCCCACGGCCGCCACUGCUACGCCGCACGCACUUCAGACGCUCCAAUCGCUUCCGACGCUUCAGGCCGUGCACGCGCCGCAGCAGACGCAGCCCGUGGGGCUCCCCGUCGUCACGGCGACGACCUCGGCGGCAGCGGUGGCUCCCGUCACUCACACGCUGUCGUCGUUGCCGCUGCAGCAGGGCGCUCCGACUCACACCUUCCUGCGUCUGCCUGUCUCACUCGCAGGUGCUGGUCUCCCUCAGCAGUUGCAGCUGCAGGUUCAGGCCUCCAGCCAUCAGGGUGGCGCUAUCAGCAGCAGCAGCGACAGCACCUCCACCUCUGACAUCAACCACAUCACCGUCAGCUCCAGCGCGUCCCACCCCACCACCAUCAUCACCUCCUCCUCCUCCUCCUCCUCAGUAGCGGCGGCGGGCCACAUGAUGUACUCCAGCCCUCACGCUGUCAUGUACGCCACGCCCACCCACGCCGAGGGGGGCGGCGGCCUCACUGUGCUCAACCCCUUUCCCCCGCACUCCCAUUCGCAGGCGCAGGACACAGGAGGGGUUCCUCAGAUGUUCUUCACUGGUCCUCAGGGCACAGUCCAUGCUGUUCCAUUGCACUCGAUGCUGAUUGGUCAGCAGCAGCCAGGGGGCGGUGGCAGCAGUAACCUCACAGAGCUGCGAGUGGUUAGCCUGGACAGCGGCAAGGCCGACUGACCUUUUGACCUUUGACCCUUGACCCGGCCUCUGACUUCUAACCGGCCCCACCCUUGCCACCGCCACCCGCCGCAUUCGGGUCGCCACGCGCGGAAAGAAGAGCAGAUCGCCCGGGGCAACGCACUGCCGCCACUAUUUAUUUCUCUCACUUGCUUUUGGGGUUCCUUUUUUUAUUUGUGUUGUUUUUUUACAAGAUCUCCCCCCCCCCCCCCCCCCCCCCCACUGAUGGUGUUGUGCCUUUGAGACGUAGAGGAGACUGUGCAAAAACAAAAGGUCGGAGGUCCUCGACUCUGCAGGAGCAGAAGGGUGUGACCUGUUCCUGGACUCUGCAGGAGCAGAAGGGUGUGACCUGUUCCUGGACUCUGCAGGAGCAGAAGGGUGUGACCUGUUUGUGACGUGGCGUGAUGGCCUCCCUCACUGCUAGCGCUUACACGUGGUUAUCAAAGGCACAGAUGUACAUACCGUGCGUGUGUGUGUGCGUGUGCGUGCGUGCGUGUGUGUGUGUGUGUGUGUGUGUGUGUGUGUGUGUGUGUGCUUUCAUUUUUAGUGAGUAAGAAAGAGAGUGUGAUUUCACAGUACUGUAUUUGGGGAAAAUAAAUAUGCACACGCACACACACACACACACACACACACACCAAUAUCACAUAUAUAGGAAAUAAUAGUAAAGGACAAGAUUGUAUGUUCAAAAGACGGUGUUUUCGAUUACAUUUUUUUUUUUUUAUAUACUCUUUUUCUUGAAGACGGUUUAUUCCUGGUCAACAAUCAUACUUCCAGCUUCAGCAUACAGUGGACAUUCAACAUUCUUAGUGCAACUUGGUUCUUUUCAAUGUGUUUUUUUGUUUUGGUGUCCAUGAACAUUUAAGGGUAAAAAUGUAAAGAAUGGAAAAGGCUAAUUUGUUGACUUAUGUUUUAUUUCUUUUUUAUUUUCCACAGUUUUUUCUUCUGUAUUCUAUUGCAGCUGUAUGAUAAAUGCAUUCUCACAAUUAAAGAAUGUCUCCAUUUCUUA